AUGUCUUCCUCCCUUCAUCAAUUAAAAGCCACUGGCACCGUUGUGGUCUGUGAUUCUGGCGACUUUGCAACCAUAGGCAAAUAUAAGCCUCAAGAUGCCACCACCAACCCUUCGUUAAUCCUCGCCGCUUCGAAGAAGCCAGAAUACGCUAAGUUGAUCGAUGCAGCAGUUGAAUACGGAAAGAAACAAGGCAACACUAUCGACGAACAGGUCGAUGCCACUCUCGACCGUCUUUUGGUCGAGUUUGGCAAAGAGAUCUUGAAGAUCAUCCCCGGAAAAGUCUCAACUGAAGUCGAUGCCCGCUUCUCCUUCGAUACCAAAGCCUCUGUCGACAAGGCUCUCCACAUCAUCGAACUCUACAAGGCCGUUGGCGUCCCUAAAGAACGUGUCUUGAUCAAAGUCGCGUCUACAUGGGAAGGCAUCCAAGCUGCCCACAUUCUCCAAUCACAGCACGGUGUCAACUGCAACUUGACAUUGAUGUUCUCGCUAGUCCAAGCCAUUGCUGCUGCUGAAGCUGGCGCAUACCUCAUCUCCCCGUUCGUCGGCCGAAUCCUCGACUGGUACAAAGCAGCCAUGAAGAAAGACUUCAGCCCUGAAGAAGACCCUGGAGUCACGAGCGUGCAGAACAUUUUCAAUUACUACAAGAAAUACGGUUAUAAGACCAUAGUCAUGGGUGCCUCCUUCCGGAAUACCGGGGAAAUCACCGAAUUAGCUGGAUGCGACUAUUUGACCAUCUCGCCCAAUCUCCUCGAAGAACUCUACAACUCUACCGCAGCCGUCCCCAAGAAGCUAGACGCUGCGGGCGCUUCCAGCCUCGACAUUCCCAAGCGCACGUACCUCCACGACGAAGCCACCUUCCGUUUCGAGUUCAACGAGGAACAAAUGGCGGUCGAGAAGCUGCGGGAGGGUAUAUCCAAGUUUGCUGCGGAUGCAGUUACCCUCAAGAACAUUCUCAGAGAGAAGAUCAGUUCGUAG